CGUCGCACUUGUUUGGCGAACGAACCUUCCAUCGUCCGACACGAAAUGCGAACCUCCGCAUGAGGCAAGAGGUCUGCGAGGCCUUUAGGUUGAAUGCCACAAAUACUGCAAGCGUUUGAACUAUGCUUAAGCGUUUCUCCACCUCUUCACACCCUGCUGCUCGCAGCUCCUAACAAAUUUUGUUCCCAUUGCGUCUAUGGCCUCCAUCGGCGGACAACCUUGCAACACAAUAUCACGGCAUUUUCUGGUGCGAAGCACGGUGUUUGUCGUAGGUACGGCGCUGUCAGGAUGGUCAGACUCGUUCACGAUCGAGUUCAAGCCCCUCUCUGGCGCACUCAUGAACUUCUCCGUCGUUGCCCUCGUUGGACUGCUUCUUGCCAUAGCAAUAUUGGCGCAGAACCCACCGCCUAUGGCUUCUGCCAGAUCGGGUGCAACGCAGUCGCCACGGCGUGCUAGGCCGCUGCUGGAAAGCUCCAGUUCAUCCGUCGCACUAACUGCCGCCCCCCUUAAAGCUCGCAGUUACAAUAUGUGCUGUAAUGCCGGAAUCAGUCAUCUGGAAAACUCAGAUCCGGCUUAUGAUGCUUUUAUCUGUGUCACGACCAAGCCUAAAUUAACCUUGCAUCGUUACUUCAAGAAGAACGAAGACCAUCGUAAUGUCGAGUGCCGACUUGUCCAGCUGCUCAUGGGGCAUGGUCACGUCGGUAGCUAUUACCAUCGCUUCAUGGCAGAAGAAUCCACACAGUGCCAGUGCCGCACCACUAACCUACAGACACGCGAGCAUUUGCUCGUCCACUGCCCGCUCUACACCCACAGUCGCCACCAUCUAGGCAACCCUGCACAUCCCAUUCGACUCAAGCGGCUUUUCGCCUCCAAACACGCUCGACAAAAGCUCGCGGCGUUCCUCACGGAGACGGAUGCAUUCACCAAGACCUCGCUGGUUCCCUGGGACCCAGGCUGAGGGGUUUCUUUGUUAUCGUGCUGCUAUGCAUGCCCUGUAUCCGAUCCUGGGUGCGCCCAGUCCGCCGUAGACACCACUUUGUACCCACACCUACGACCGCCUUCGGCGGUAUAUAAAUAGUACUC